UUGACCCGACUCAACGACGACAUCCUUCUGGAGUUAUUCGAAAUGCUGCGACCCAAUCAAGGGCUUCGCCCUCUUUCGUGCACAUGUCGCUGGCUUCGCAACGCAACCAUGCCUAUUCUCUUCAGUGAAUGUCGCCAGAAGCUCGCUGUCUCACCUCGCAGCUCCCGGACCCGCCCGAUCCUUCCAUCCACGCUGUGGCCACAUUCAGUCAUCGUAUCAUCUCACAUCAGUUUUUUCAGAACAUUGCAUAUCACAUGCUACUGUCCUCCUCUUUCCGAGCGUAUUCCAGAUACCGAAGACCCAUUAGUCUGCGAAGCUUUCAGUGGCGUCUUCUUCGAGAGGGUCUUGCAUGAAUUACCUCGUCUAACCACUCUGAUCCUGUGGUCGUUUGACAUCAAGAAACACGGCAUAUCCUGGAAUACCUUGAAAACAAUCCUCUCAAUACCGCAGCUGCGCCACCUCCACUUUCAUGAAUUCUACCUCUCCCCUGUCGACGUGGAUCAUGACGAGUUCAGCGCUCUUGUGGUCGCUCCGCUUACCACCUUCCGCUAUGAUUUGCAUAGCUACUUCCAGUUGUGGAACUUCCCAUCCGAAAUUUCGACGCUAGAUCACCUCCUAAAUCGGCUUCACCACUGUCUCGAACACCUCGAGCUCCCCGUGCAAAGCGCCCCCAUCUCCGCAAUGUCCAAGUUGGACUGGCCGUGUUUGCGCACAUUCACACUCCGUGGAGAGUAUCCGGUCUCCCUUACCACACCCAUCGUCUCUCUCUUGUCACCAAUGUCUUUUCUCCGCAGCCUUUCGCUGGAAGUCUCGCACCAACAGGGGAUCAAAAAUCACACGAUUUGGCCCGAGGGCUUUGACGCCACGCUUCCAUGGCCUGAGCUGGAGUGCCUCCGCGUGUCGCGUCCUGAAUCCUCAGACAAGAUCUAUACCAAUCUACCCUUUUCCCUAAGCUCUCUCGCUCUACGAUCGUGGCCACAUCAAUGCAUCCAAGCCCAGAUGCAGGCAGUGUCGCGUUAUCUCGGUGACCAGAUUCGGUGCCCUCUCUCCUCCGCUUCCAACUUGUUCGAUGUCAUCAGAAGUUGUGAUACACCGUACUUGAACACCCUUGAGGUAGAGUACAAGGAAGACAUGAAAGAAGGCAGCUUGCUUCGGCUGAUAGCCGUCAAGUUUCCGCGUCUCACUACGCUAGAGAUUCAUCGGUAUCGGACAGAGAGGAGCGACAAUAUCUCACUGGUGAGUCGGUCUGUGUGCAUUGUUCAUCCCGGUGAUCUGCUGACGUCUGUGUCGAUAAAUCCAGUCAGAUCUCGCGCAGGCUUUAGCACCCCUCGCGUCUCUCAGCAUCCUGAAGCUGCAUCUCGACUUUCGCAACAUGCCCCCACCCACGUUCGGAAGACAAUUUGGCGGUCUUAUUGUGGACAGACCACUUGUAGCCAACCAAGUGGUCACCUCUUUUGA